GAGGUCUCUGCUGAUCCCACGGGAACUCUCACAGCUGCUGAAGAGCGAAAGGAGAAGGUGCCAAGCCCACAUCUCAGUCAUCUUGUAGUUUUGACGUCUGGAAAUUCGCUGUAUGGUUUGGCAGAGAGAGUGGUGGCUACAGAAUCCUUGGUAUUUCUGGCUGAGCAGUUUGAGUUUCUUCAGCCUCAUCUUGAUGCAGUUAUGCCAGCUGUCAAGAAGCCUUUUCUUCAGCAGUUCUAUUCUCAGACAGUGUCAACUGCUAGUGAACUACGUAAACCGGUUUAUUGGAUUGUUGCUGCUAAAGCCAUUGAUUAUGAACAAAUGCUGCUUCUUAUGGCUAAUGUGAAAUGGGAUGUGAAGGAAAUCAUGUCACAACACAAUAUAUAUGUAGAUGCUCUUUUAAAGGAAUUUGAAGAAUUCAACAGACGGUUGAACGAGGUGUCUAAGAGAGUCCGUAUUCCACUGCCAGUAUCCAACAUCCUUUGGGAACACUGCAUACGCUUGGCCAAUAGAACUCUUGUGGAAGGUUAUGCCAAUGUAAAGAAGUGCAGCAAUGAAGGACGUGCCUUGAUGCAACUGGACUUUCAACAAUUCUUAAUGAAACUGGAAAAAUUAACAGACAUUAGGCCUAUUCCAGAUAAAGAAUUUGUGGAGACCUACAUUAAAGCAUACUAUCUAACAGAAAAUGACAUGGAACGCUGGAUAAAAGAACAUAGGGAAUAUUCCACUAAGCAGUUGACCAAUCUGGUGAAUGUUUGUCUGGGCUCCCACAUCAACAAAAAGGCAAGACAGAAGUUGCUAGCUGCUAUUGAUGACAUAGACAGGCCUAAAAGAUAACUGGAGAAAGCUACUUUCCUUGUGACUUGUACCCUUUUUUGUUCAUGUGAAGCAUGCAGACAAAUCUCUCAUGGACUAAUGACAACACUCUCUUUGAAAGCAUUGUGCAUGACCUUUCUUACCAGCAUUGGAGACACUCUGAUGUGGCAUAAUGUUCUAAAAUACAACUUUUCUAAUCUGUAAAAUUCUUUGCUGUUGUAUUUCUUCUUGGGUUGUUCGGGUUUUUUUGUUACUUGCUCUCAGUAAAGGGCCACUUUGUGUAUCAUUGGUGAUAUAUUUUAUUAUUUCGCUGUAUAUUUUGCAAAACUGUAUACUGUAAGUAAAAUCAGAAUCGGAGAGAAACACAUUGGCUUAAUAUAUAGUUGAUGCUCUUUUUUAAUAAAAGGGCUACGUGAAAAUAUGCUUUCUUUCCUCCAUGCUUUCACCCUCAGAAUUUGUGCUUGACUAUGGACCAGUGUAAA